CUCACUACAAACAGUAACAAGGCAGUAUAACCUGGUGAUAUGGAGGCACUACAUAUAGAGAGGACAUGUGAAGUGCAAACAGAGCAUUCCAGCCUUCAGUCUGUUCUCCGUCAGCGUCGUGGGUUAAAGAACAGAAACAUCUCCAGAAACACACCAAGAGCUACAGAGGUGGAAUAAAGUGCUGCAGGCAAGUUUCCAGGGCCUCGUUUCUUGAAUAUUGACUGCAUUUCACAAUACAAACUUUGAGCCAGACUACAUGCUGAUGUGAGAGAUCUCACUACAAACAGUAACAAGGCAGUAUAACCUGGUGAUAUGGAGGCACUACAUAUAGAGAGGACAUGUGAAGUGCAAACAGAGCGUUCCAGCCUUCAGUCUGUUCUCUGUCAGUGUCGUGGGUUAAAGAACAGAAACAUCUCCAGAAACACACCAAGAGCUGCAGAGGUGGAAUAAAGUGCUGCAGGUAGAAAUAUCUCCAGAAACACACCAAGAGCUACAGAGGUGGAAUAAGGUGCUGCAGUGAAGUGACCAUGCCUCGCUUCUCAUUAGUCCUGUGUGUGUUUGCGCUCGGACUCUUCUGCCUGUCAGGUGCUGAAGAUAGCCAAGCUGAGUCCAGGGAAAAGCGGGACAUGCCAAACUGGGCGCUGACCUCCUCGGACUUUUUCGGCUGGAUCGAAGAGCUGCGCAAUCACGCUGGCUAUGACAAAAUCGACGAGCUGGCCAGAACCUUCUGGGCUCAUUUCCCCUCAGCUAGUCGCUUGGGCUACGAUUCCCCAGCUCCUGAAGAAUGAUGACGUAUGCGCUGUUUUUCUGUGCAAUAACACUAAUGCUGUCUGAACUGCUACCACUUUUCAGAAAUUCCUGCCUAUUUUGAAGUUCCAUUAAAGAUUGUCAAAAUGUCUUUGA